AUGACAACAACGGCUACGCUCUUGCGACCUUCGGGUUUGAUUAUCACAUCAGCAGCCAAUUAUUUGAACUCCGAUAUUUAUCUUAUUGAUAAAGCCACACCUGACUCAACAGGACAUUCUCGAUAUGACUUGCAAAACGAUCAUGCGAAGGAUGGUUCCAAUGAUAAUAACACAUUUGUGGACUCUGAAGAAGAAACAGAUGUAAUAGAGAGCGUAGAGAAGGAUCCGUUUUUGCCCAACAACGAAGAUUUACCUCUUUAUUCUCAAGAUCCUUUUGAGGUCGAGGAAGUUGAUCCUUUUGUAAUUGGGGACGAAGAUGUCUUUGAUGUUGCAGAUGCCAAAUUGGAGAAUGAUGUUACAGAGUUGGAUGAGCUAACUCCAGAUCUAGAAGAUCCUUUCGAAGAACAUGAUCAAUUCCUUAUGGGCGAGAAGGAUGUCUUUGAAGAAAGGGAUGAAUUCUUGCAAGGAGAUGAAGAUGUGUUCGAGAGUGAAGAGGAUAUUUUUAACAUUCAAGAAGUUGACCCUUUCUUAUUGGAUGCUCCGAAAAAGAUUAUUUCAGAGAUCAUUAAUCGGUACGAAACAAUCCAAGGACACAUCCAGGAAUGUUUUGCAUCAUAUGCCAAUGAUAUAUUUGAUAAAGGCUUGCUGAGCAGUGAUGAGUUUAGCUCAGUGUUCUCCUGUUUGGGAUCAGUGAGAAGCUCAAAUGCCAACAUGCUUGCUGACUUGAAAGCAGCUAGUGACUCUUCUGACAGUCACAACGAAAUUUGGGAUGCGUCGAAUAUUGAGGCAAUGAAGGAUGUGUUUGUUAAAUAUGUUAGGUCUCUUCCUUUAGCUGUGGAAACAUGUUUAACAACUCUUCAACAAAAUCCAAAAUUCCAUGCGCUGGUAACAUCCAAAUCGAAUGAUUUAUUUUUCUAUUUGCUUCUACCAUUAGAAAUGUUAAGCCAAAUUACUGAACCUGUACAAGAUUUGGAGCACUAUGUUCCUCAUGAUCCUUCUGUUAAAUCCAUGUUGAAUUGUAUUGGUGAAUUACAAAGCAUUGGACACGAGGUUAUGGAUAGCAAUUAUUCCACUUUCAAAGUGCUGGAACUUUCCAGAAAACACAAAAUUUCAGAUUUGCUAACCAAAAAGAGAAGUCUACUCAAGGAGGGCAUUCUAUCAACGGGGACAGACAUGCACUCAGUUUAUCUUUUUUCUGAUUGCCUCUUGGUAAUUACUCCGUCCAAACAAUGGUUUAUUCCUUUCAAAGUUACAGAUGAUAUUACGGGAGAGUACAAUAUCGCAAUUACCAAAGACUCUGAUGCGAAUGCCCUCGAAAUUGAUGAGCAUGAGGUCGAAUUCCAUGUGAGUUACAAGUUUGACAAUUAUGAUUUGGUGAAAGAGUGGAGCAAGGCGUUCAAGGCUUGUCUUGAAUAA